GAGCUAUCAGCUGCAGGUUUCCCGGAGCCCAGUAGCAGUACAGCAGCGGACCAGUGUGGAAGUGGGAUCAUGAUGGUGAGCGUGGUGCUGAGCAGCCUCCUGGCAGCGCUGCUGGCUCUACUGGUCUACCAGAGGCUGACCUAUCCCUUCUUCUGGGUGGAUUUGAUGUCCUACUUGAAACUUCGCAGCUACAGAAAGACGUCGCAGGCUCGCAUGCAGCAGGGGAUCAUCACGUACCUCGACUGCUUCCUCUACCAGGCGAGAAGGAAGCCGAACAAACCCUUCAUUAUCUUCGAGGAGCGGACCCUCACAUACCAGGACGUGGACACCAGGAGUAACCGCUUCGCCAACGCGCUGCGGACGGAGAUCGGUGUGAAGAAAGGAGACAUUGUGGCUCAGUUGAUGUGCAACGAACCGGACUUCGUGUGCGUGUGGUUGGGAUUAUGCAAACUGGGCUGUGAAGUCGCUUUUCUCAACGUCAACAUUAAAGCCAGGUCUCUGCUCCACUGCCUACAAAGCUGCGGGGCGAAGACGCUCGUUGUCGGGGCAGAUUUGGUGCAUUUGGUGGAGGAGGUGCUACCUGAUUUGAAGAAAGACAACAUGGCUGUGUGGGUGGUAGAUCACACAUCACCCUCCGAGGAUAUCAACAGUCUAUUGGAUAAGGUGGAACACAUGUCUGGAGAAACCUUAAGUGAACUUCCUAAAGUUGACAUCAUGUCAAACUUCCUCUUCAUUUUUACUUCGGGCACUACAGGUCUCUCUAAGGCAGCCCGCGUAGGACACCUGAAAGCCAUAGUGAGUAUGGCCUUCUUCGCAGUGUGUGGAGCCACAUCUGAGGACAUCAUCUACAUCACUCUUCCUCUUUACCACAUGUCUGCUUCCCUGUUGGGAGUUGGAGGAUGCAUAAACCUUGGUGCAACUUGUGUGUUAAAAAAAAAGUUUUCUGCCAGUCAGUUUUGGAAGGACUGUGUGAAACACAAUGUGACUGUGGUGCAGUACAUUGGAGAGCUCUGUCGAUACCUGGUCAAUCAGCCUGUGAUUCCAGAGGAGAGCGCACACAGGGUCCGGCUGGCAGCGGGAAGUGGUCUCAGAUCAGAUGUUUGGAAGAAGUUUACCAAGCGCUUUAAAAGAAUAAAGAUCAGAGAGGGUUACGGCCUGACUGAGGCCAGCAUCGGAUUCCUCAACUACACAGAUGAGGUCGGACCGAUUGGGAGGGCAAGCUAUUUCAACAAGCUUUCUAUGCCAUUUGAGCUCCUUCGAUAUGAUCCCCAAUCAUACGAGCCAGUCAGAGCAGACUCUGGAAUAUGCAUACGAGCACAAAAAGGAGAGGCAGGGAUCCUGGUAGCCCCUCUAACAGCUAUGAGCCAGUUUCUGGGCUAUGCUGGAAACAAGGUCCAAUCAGAGAAGAAGCUGCUCAGGAAUGUGUUUAAAGCUGGCGACGUCUAUUUCAACACUGGAGACCUACUGCUCCACGAUCACAGGGACUUUCUGUACUUCCAUGACCGCAUCGGAGACACCUUCAGGUGGAAAGGAGAGAACGUGUCCACCACCGAGGUGGCAGAAGUUUUAGGUCUUGUUGAUUUUAUCAAGGAGGCCAAUGUGUAUGGAGUCACUGUACCAGGAUACGAAGGUCGUGCAGGUAUGGCGGCUGUUGUCCUGAAACAUGAACACAAAUUAAAUGGAGCAGAACUCUACCACUGUUUAGUCAGAUCACUUCCUGCAUAUGCCUGGCCAUGGUUUCUCAGAAUACAGACCUCUCUGGAUGUGACCGAGACGUUCAAACAGCAGAAGACAAAGCUGGUCCAGGACGGCUUUAACCCUGACAUCACCGAGGACCCUGUGUAUUUCUUAGAUGUCUCUCAGAAGGAUUAUAUUCUCCUGACUGCAUCCACGCAUCACGAUAUUGUGUCAGGAAAGAAAGUUUUUUAAACAUUUUAAGACAAUUUACUUUAAGAGUACUGAUCACCUGUGUCAUGGCCACAUUUCCAUUGGUCUCUGCUUUGAACCCGUAUAAAUGAUGGGUGCCACACUGAGUCCUUUCCAGUAUUUUGCAAUUGCAAAUAAUAUAUGAGGACCAAUUGGGGAAGCAAAUCAUCCAACGAUUUGAAAUUAUCUUUCAGAGUUUUCAAAUAUUUAGUAACCAUUAUUGAAUCAUCAGCCACAGUAGCCUUAACAGAUGGAAUUGUUCAGUAUUUCAAGGGAAAAUACUUUUAUUAUUAAUUGCAUUUUUAUAUAUUGGCUACAGCCUUGUUGAACUCGACACAAAGAGAAGCAGGCCUUUCGUAUAUUUGGAGCAUUUUCUAUUUCUAUUUCUGUUAUUUUGUAAGUAAGCCUCCCUGCGUUGUCUCUCUAUUUGAAUUGUUUUCAAAGUUUCUCUGUCUUGAUAAAUGUAGUGUCAUAUCUACAUUUCCACAGUAAUAACUCAGUCAGUAAAACAACAGACAUGCCAUACUAUACUUUACUUUCUCUUUUUAAAACCGAAAUGCUGUUGUCAGUUACCUAUACCUAUAUUCACUUACAAAAUGUGCAUGUUGAAAUGCUUACAAAAUUAAGAAUUUGUGUGUGUGUGUAAUAGUAGUAGUAGUAGUAAGUGAUCAUGCGCUGUCCUGGUUGAGUUUCAUUGAUGUGGUGUACGGUGCUAAAACAGAAAGACAUACAGGCAAAAUCAUCGUGAUUGGGAUAAUUAGGUGAGUGAAAACAGUAUUUAGGUUCAAAUGAGAACCUCAGAGAAACAGUAGAAAGUAUGACUGUUGUUGUACUGAUGGUGCUUUGCUGAAUUUAUCAUGAGCGCUAUUACACUCCCAUUCCCCCUCAGGGUUUUUGACCCACGAUUCAUUUAGGUCAUAUUCCUACUGGCCACGGCCAUUAUUUGGAUGAUUUUUAUUUUCGGUGCAGCCCUUAUUUAAUUAUUUGUGCUAUUAACAUUUUCAAUUCCUGGGCGGAUUUCCCUUUUCUUAGAAGAAUGGGAUUGAUAUAUUUGUACUUAUUUAGUAUAAAAUAGCAUCAGUAUAUAUCAUACCUUAUCAUAACAAAAGAGUAAACAGAACUAAGAAUAUCUGAAGUCUCAAGCCUUGAAAUGAAUCAUUGAUAUCAAAUUCCCAGAAUUUACCACUACUUUGAGUAGAAAGACUGAUGUCUCUAACUAGUUUCACCUGAAUCACUGCAAGUGUAAUAUUAUAUAUGAUUACCCAUACAAAAAAUGCCUGAACAUGUUUGUUUUUUAUCACAAAAUGUAAUUAAAACAAGGACAUACCGAUGGUGACAAGAUAAGUAUUAUUCAUUUUAUAACAGCUAGAAAUAAUAAAUGGAGCAAGUUAUACAAACAGACUGAACAGACACUUUGGUAUGUUUUCUUAAUUUCAGAUUUUGACUGUAGUAUAGUUUAAAUAAACACUUUAACUAUUUUCUUUCCUCUAAUUCACAUUGGUAACCAUGCACAUUACAGCUGUAUCGUACAGUAAAUGGGGAUCUACUGGACAUUUAACUUAAUUUGUACAUCUUUUGACUCAAAUUUCACCAAAUGUGUACCGUUGUUUACCUGCACAUGCAGUUCAUUGUUCAUGUAAAGAUGAUCUAGUGGAAUAAACUCAUGUAUCAUGGCAAA